GGGAUCAUGAAUGAGUCAUGCUGUAGGCCUAUAUCUGCUGAUACUUUACGGAUACAGCACUAGACAUAAUGAUGUGUGCCUGAAUGAAGAAGUGAAGGAAAAGUGUUUCAAAAUGUUUCCCAAAACUAGCCUAUAUUUUCGGCAGACUGGUAUUGUCGUCAGAGGUUGUCUCUUCAGGUUUGAAUUCCUUUAGCUGCAUAAUCCAAGCAUUAAAUCUUGGCCUCAGUCCUGUCGCAGCCAGGGGUAACAUUUGAGGUGAACCAGAGCAGGACACACAAUGAAGAGCUUCUCCAUUCUUACUUUAACUAACCCCCUUAGUCUAGUCAGUCUUUCAUUCAGGCAGUAGUCUACUAUGCAUAAGGUUUUAUCUUAAAGCCCUCUGUACGUUUCUGGAUAUAGCUCAUAUUUUAAACUUUAGGAACUGGCACACACAAACUACUCGAAUUACCCCUGACACCUGUUAACGCCCACCGCGCCACCACCACAACGCACAACUCCCCCAUCGUUGUGAUUGUAGACUGCUGCUGCGCGCGCGCACACACACAUACACACACACACACACACACACACACACACUUCCCAGUCAUAACUGAAUGACGGCAGGUCGCUAUGGAAACUGCGUUACACUCCGGGCGGCCGGAGGAGAAAACAAGAGCGCGAGGACUCUUUUCGGUCUUCAUUUCAGCACCACGCGCCUCCCGGACAGCGCCCGAAUGAACUCGCGCACAGAUUCUAGCCUCUUACGCCUUAUAAGGGACAGAGUCGCAUCACCACAGGGACUUGAGAAGAAAAACCAACCCACGCACAACAGGACCUGACUGUCGGUAGAGAGGCUACUCAAGGUUUGAUUUCGCUGUUAAGCCAGGAGCAUCUCGCUCCCGCAAAUACCACAGCAACAGUGCAGCAGCAUGUCUGAAACCAAACCCAACCAGCGGUUCUACAGCCUGAAUGCUGAACAGGUGGAAGUUCUCCAUCAGGUUCUGUCUGAAGUGGUUCCAAUCCACGGACGUGGGAACUUUCCCACUUUGGAGCUGCGUCCUCGAGACAUCAUUAUAGCUGUGCGGGCCAGGCUGCAGAAGCAGGGAAUCAUAGUAAGAGAUGUUCGUCUGAACGGCUCCACGGCCAGUCACGUCCUCGUUCGCGACAACGGAACAGGCUACAAGGACCUGGACAUCAUUUUUGGAGUGGAACUGCCCAGCCAGGAGGAGUUCCAGGUGAUCAAAGAGUCAGUGCUGGGCUGCUUGCUGGACUGCCUGCCUGCUGGGGUCAACAGGGAGCGGAUCAGCUGCUCUACAAUGAAGGAGGCCUACGUCCAGAAAAUGGUCAAGGUCUUCAAUGAACACGACCGCUGGAGCCUCAUCUCCCUCUCUAACAACAGUGGCAAAAACCUUGAGCUCAAAUUUGUGAGCACGCUGAGGAGGCAGUUUGAGUUCAGUGUUGACUCCUUCCAGAUCAUUCUCGACCGUCUCCUGGAGUCCUACAUGCAGCAGGAGUCACAGCACAAAAAUAAUACUGUUGAUGUUAAGGAGCAGCCCACAGAGGAUCCGAAUCAAGGCUCUCCCUCUCUGCUCAAACAGGCCGCUGCUCCAGAAACAGAAAGCUCCAGUGAGAAAGACUUAUCCAGCAAAGAGGAGGCUCCGAUCGGACGGACACAGCAGAGAGAUGAGGUGCACGAAAAGGAGUCGCAAACAGACCUCCCACAACAAACUGAACAUUUAAAUCAGACAAAACACUCCAUAGUGGAAACAGACAGCAAAGAGAAAACCCUGUUGGAGCUGAAAGAAGUGUCAGAACAUAGUGAAAACUUCACUGAGUCUGAUUUCUCUGACCAGACACAUCUAAACCUUUGUUCAGGAAAGAAACAAACCACUGAGAAAGCUGAUUCGCCUACUCAGAGUGAACUCAGGCAUGAAUCAGAGAUCCUGGACCAGACCAACUGCUCAGUGAAGGUAGAUCAGCCAGAGCAAACCCAGCCCUCAGACGGCCAACAACCAGCACAUUCAAAUCAGAAUGAACUGUCGAACCAUGCAAAGCCCCCUGAUGAACAGAAAGAUCUCACAGAGCAGAUGGUGCAGUCCGAGUCUCCAAAAACCUCAAACAAAACCCAGGCAGUGUCUCUAAAUCUGGCAGAAGAACUGCACAAUACAGAGCACUCUGAUAAAACAGACUUUUGUGAGGAUAAGAGAAGCAGUGAAAAAGAUGAAAUGCGACAUGUGUCAGCUCUGGACUCUAGCACUUACUCAGAGACACAAGCAGCAGCUGAAAGAAAAGUAGAAACAGAGACAGGGGAGCAGAUACAAGCAGAGAGGAAAAGCGACACAGAAAUAGGUGAAAUGACAGAAGAGAUUUUAGCGUCAGGAGCAAAAGACACAGAAAACACACAGGGUAUUGAUUGUUCCUGUUCCACCUCUUCCGAAUCUCUCACACUUGACUACACACAGCUUCCUGGCACACAGGAUACACUGGAGAGUCACAGCACACCGCCCACAGAUAACUCAGAAACAUCACCUAAUACACUUGAUGCUGUCAGUCCUCCAGAUACUCAGGAUACUUUACCUGCACCGCCCAGCCUUUUUUUUGACAAAAAGACCUUGUCUUCUCCCUCUUGUAAGGCCUCAGAGAGACUUUGUCACAUGGUGGUGCUCAAACACUCCUCUCCCAAACCCCCUCGCCGGAUGUGCAGGAAGGUUACCCCCAACCCUUGCCCCAGUCCAGUCUCUGAAAGCGAACCUGUCAGUGUGCCCUGUCCCAGCCCUGAACCCGAGAUAGCCUUUAACCCAAAGCCAGCAGCACCCUGUUCAGACCAUACAACUACCCCAACAACCAUUAUUCUAACAGCAAGUCCUGGGCCUGAACUCAAUCCUUCUAGUAACCUAGAUUCAAACCAAGACCUUACCUCAGCUCCUGAUCCAGCCCCUGACAUAAUCGCCACCUCUACUGUGGAUCCAAUGUCCCCAUUACCUCAAGAGGCAUCAUCCUCUCAGCUAAUCACAGAGGGCUUAUGUGGAACAAGUGAUCAGAGCAUAAACAAGAUGCCCGCUGCAUUUGUGGCUUUUGAUGAGAAAGAUCAGUCCUCAUCUGGGGAAUCUGACUCAGCACCAAAACAGUCUGACCCUCCUGACUCACCGGACACAUUAAUUGCACACAGUGAUACACCCGACUCAAACACCCAAGAACCAGUACAUACCUCGGUGAUGAAGCUCAGUGAUGAAGCUGAAAAAAUGGACUUGAAUCAGCCAAACAGCAGCCCACAAGAGACCACCCUUACUUCACUCUCCUCUUCCCACGGUGUUACCCCUCCCGUUUCGUGUCUCACCCCUCCUGUACUCAGUCUUCCCCCUGCAUGCUUCAUUCCCUCACCCCCCAGUCUCAGCCCUCCCCUGUGUCUGACCCCUCCCUCUCACUGUCUGUCAUCAUCAACGCUGAACACUGUCAGCCCCACUACCAGCUUUAGCUCUCCGACCCUGAGUUUCAGCCCUACCUCAUCUUGCCUCAGCUCCCCUCCUUACCUCACCCCUCCUAUGCUUAGCCUCAGCCCUCCUCCACUCUGUCUUACCCCUCCUUCUCCCUGCCUCAGCCCUCCCCUCCUCUGCCUCACUACGCCAGUGGAGUCAGAGGAACUUGUACCUCAGGUAUCUUCAGACAUGGAGCCUUUGAUUCUAAAUGCAGACAAUGAGGAACUGAUUAAAGAGUCCUCCGCUCAGCCAGGAGUUCCUCUUCAACAGUUGGAGGAUAAACCGGAACAAGAUUAUAUCUCACUGUUGCCACGAGUUGCAGAGCCUGUCUCUUUUCCAAUCACAAUCCCCAGCUCCACCUCGCAUGUGCUGCCUCACUCUCAAUCUGGAGGCCCAGGGGAAUCUGCUCUUCCAAGUGCAGAUAAGGCAUCCAGCUGUCUGCCUGAGAACAAAGAGGCCCCUAAGGUAACAGCAGACAUACCCGAGCAGAGCAGUGCUCGUCAGGAAUCUGGUUCCAUCCCUGAUGUCGAGGUGCUGGCAGAGAGCAUGUAUGGUGACUUUGAGGCGGCCAUGGACCACCUGCGCUACCGCCUAAUUGCGACCAGAAACCCAGAGGAGAUUCGAGGUGGUGGCUUGUUGAAAUACAGCAAUCUGUUGGUCAGGGACUACCGACCGGCCAGUGAGACACAGAUAAAGACACUGGAGCGCUACAUGUGCUCGCGCUUUUUUAUUGAUUUCCCUGAUGUGCAAGAGCAGCAGAGGAAGAUCCUGUCCUACUUGAAGAACCACUUCAUAGGUGAGGAGAGAAGCAAGUAUCAGUACCUGAUGACUCUGCGUCGCGUGGUAGAUGACAGCACGGUAUGUCUGAUGGGACAUGAGCGGCGUCAGACGCUGAACAUGAUCACAGUGCUGGCGCUGAAAGUUUUAGGAGAGCAGAAUAUCAUCCCCAACACAGACCAUGUGACGUGCUUCUACCAGCCUGCCCCGUACCUUGCCGAGCACAGUGCUCCCUAUCUAGCAGAACCCAGCUACUGCAGCUACUACAUACCCCAAGGGGGAUCAACUCUGCUUUACCAACCUUACCCCUUACAGCUGCAUACACAGACUGGACUCGUGUAAACCAGAGAAAUACACACAUAGUUACACAAAACACACAGUUGUUGAAGUGGAAGGUGCUUGACAUGAAGAAAGAGCUGGAGAGUGGAAAUAUAAACCAGGGAUAAAAUUGUUUGGUCUAUAAUAGACUUACGGGGCAGUGGUUGAGUGGGUUUUUACUGUAAACUCCUUGAUUACUCUGUAAGGUCCUAACAUGAUUUCAUGUAAUUAUCUGGGCUUUGUGGGAAAAUAAUAAUUCUUCCGAUGUUGUUCAAAUUCCAGAAAAUGCUGUAUGCACUGCAUGAGUCAUAGCCCUUUGGUCUCCCUGGGAAACCAACCGUGCUGCUGACAUUCACACACAUACAUGGACACACACACACACACACACACACACACACUUCCACUUUUUGUACACUCAUGAUCUUACUGUGUUGUUCUUAAUGGGUUUGUUCAGAAUGUGGACCUUGCCUGUGGUUGAUAUCAUGCAUGGAUAAUUAGGACUGUUCUCUCACUGCCAAAUACUGUGUGACUACUAUGCUUCUUUACCAGUUUAACUUUGUUAUUCCUUUACUGAAGGGGUGUGUUCUAAAAAAAAAGACAGAAGGACAAGUCUGCCAGUGUGUACAGUAUUUUCAUCAAAACACACAUGCAUGCACAACACAUACAGACAUGUACAUACAAUUAAAGACACAUACAGUAUACUGUAUGCACAUAAAGUUAGGCAAUGCAUGAGUAGCUAAAUAUUUAGAUAACGUCCUGAAAUCAUAGCAAAGGCUUUUAAUUUAAUAAAAAUGUAUCUAUUUUUGCAAGACUUUCCAAGAUAAUUCUCAGUGGUAAACAGACUGAUUAGCUCCUCCUGAAAAAUGCCAACAACAAUGCCUUUGCAAGUGACUGUACAGCAUAUUGAUUACAGUACAUUGUGUGCUAAUACACUGCAUUGCUUUCAGGUAAAUUGUGUUAAGAUGUAGUGCUGGAUUCCUUUUCCUUGUGGAGUCUUUCUGUAAUCAUGUGGGUUACCUUUACCAUCUAGUGUUGAUUUAUUUAAUGCUAACGUUUACUCUAUGGAGGUGGUCAGGUUAUAAGCAUCUUUGGGUUAUCUCAAAACAUGGAAGAUCUGCUAGAUCUGUCUAAACUGGAGGAAUUACAUUUAAACGUGUCAGUCCUCUCAGCACGAAUUAGCAUCCUCUAAACAAGUCUAAAUCCACCUCAAACCUGUUUGAAGUUCAAAGCCGUGCAUCGGCAACUAUGACCAAAGACAGUUUGGUAGGGACAUCAAGUGCCUAAAUGUGAGGCAUCAUUGGCCUGUCUUUAUCUCACUGCUAAUGGGGAGGGACUGGGGCUGGGUUGGGUGUGUGUUCAGUUGUUGACCCCUGUUAUUGCUGCCCAUUUUG